GUACUGGUUUUUGGGUCACCAAGUCGACCUCUCUGCAAGGAAUUUGAAACUGUGGGUAUGGUUUUCGAGUGAAAUUGGCGACUGGGUUUCGUUGAUACAUCCCCUAAACGCAAGAGUUGGAUAAUAGAUUUGAAUUACUUUCCAGUAAAGAUGCACUAUGUUAAGCGAACUGGGUUUUCACUGAAGAACAGAUGGGCAAAUGCUGUGAAAUCUUACAGGGGUUCGUGUUCCCAGAUGGAGCAUAAUCCUAGAAAGUGGCUAGCCGAUGCGGGUUCUGUUGGUUUUUCAUCUGCCCGUAAUGAUUUUGUAAAUGGGGUGGUUCCGAAGUCAGGCUUUGCGAGCUCCUCCAACGUUCAUGGCUUUAUAACUAAGGAGGUGCUUCGAGCUGCUGGAACAUCCUUUCCUUUUAUGGGGCAACAGACUAGUGAAAGUAUGGUUCAUUUUCGGUCAUUGGAAAAUUAUGGAGCCAACAUCAAAGGUCCUUGUUUUGCCAGAACUUUUGCAUCAACAGCUUCUGAACAAGAGCGACGGGAUUCAUCCAAGACUAGAAAAGACAUAUCAAAAGUUGAGGAUCCCUUUGAUGCUCCUACUUACAACAUCCCAGAGAAGCCUGUGACAUUCACAGAGGGAGCUUCCUAUAGUAUAAUCAUUCUUGCAGGGCUUGGAAUUGCUGCUGUGGCAGCAUAUGGUGUUUUCAAAGAACUCAUUUUUGAACCUAAAGAAUACAAGAUUUUUGGCAAGGCUCUAGAAAGGAUUCAAAAUGACAGUCAGGUCAGGGUGAGAAUUGGAUCACCUGUUACGGGCUAUGGCCAGGAAAGUAGGAACCGUGCUGCUCGCCAACGGAUUCCAAAUAGGGUUUGGACUGACGAGGAUGGAGUUGAACAUGUUGAGGUUAAUUUCUAUAUUCGGGGGCCCCAUGGUGGCGGCAAAGUUUAUACCGAGAUGUUCAGAGACAAGGUGGACAAGCAAUGGAAGUUCACAUAUUUGAUUGUAGAGAUCAAGUCACCUUCUCCGGCGCAGUUAAUGCUCGAGUCUUAUGUUCCAGCCUGAAGGGUAUAUGCAACAAUGGUCCAGCGUAUGCCAGUCUCAUGGUCUCUUUGUGUAUAAAGCUGUGACCCCAACUCCAACUCCAUUAAUGGUUGGUUCUCCAAAAUUUUAUGUCUCGGGGGAGCAUAAUUUGCAGAGUCCAAAUUUUGGUUACUGGUAGAGUUUGCUACAAAAGAAUACAUGUGCUGAAAUGGUGUAACUUGUUUGAAGAUGAAUGGAUGGAUGGAUGGACGGAUGGAUUGUGCCUUUUCUGUUUCCUUGGGAAGUCAUUUGGGCACUUCUAACAUCCCCAGAAUUGAACUGUGGAUUGAGCCCUUGUUUUAAGGUACAGGUUGGCUGAAUCAAUGGGUGCUUUGCUUGCGGAAAAUUUGGUGAUUGGUAAAAAUGACAUCAAUUUUGCCAAUUGUUUCAUUAUGGUUCAUAACAUGAAAAACAAGCCCCCCGUACAACACUUGCCAUUAUUGCUUGUAUUGUUCAGCAAUGAGAGGAUGGAGUAUGAGCCUGGUUGGAUCAUAUUUUCCUUUAAAACUCCUUUUGUAACUCUGAGAGCAGCUCAAUAUUGGCGCGAUGUGACCUUUGAUUUGACGAGUUUUAAGCUAGCUAACUGAUGGCGAAUGUAAUAAUCCAUGAGAAUC